CGUGCAUCAGGAAUAAUCUUUGUCCUUUCUCUGAUCAAGACUGAUCUCCAACAGGCAGAAAAUUAAGUGGCAAGACCAGUAGUGGAAAGCAAUAAAGUGACUGGGUGACUGUUCCCCCAGUAGCAGGAGGAGGAGAAGCUCUGAAUGAAGACUGACAACCUCACCUGUGCCACCACGUUCAUCUUGGUGGGACUCACCAACGACCGUGAGACACAGAUAUUGCUCUUUGUGAUCAUUCUAGUCAUCUAUGCAUUGACCCUUGUGGUGAACUUAGGGGUCAUUCUGCUGAUCCAGGUGGACUCCCACCUCCACACGCCCAUGUAUUUCUUCCUCACACACCUCUCGAGCGUGGAGAUGGGUUAUGUUACCAGCACUGUCCCCCAGAUGCUGAGUCACCUUCUGAUGGGUUAUGGAGGAUUGUCCUUUGUCAGAUGUGCACUUCAGAUGACUGCCGCUUUCGCUUUAGGUUGUUCUGAAGCGCUUUUGGUGGGUGUCAUGGCCUACGACCGCUACUUAGCCAUCUGCCAUCCCUUGAUCUAUGCCACUGCUAUGGGAAGAAGGCGGCAGGUACAGCUGGCUUCAUCCUGUUGGCUAGGUGGUUUUUCUGUUGCAGCGGUUUGCGUCAGCAUCACCUUUCGCCACCACUUUUGUGGUCCCUGCCACAUCAACCACUUUAUCUGUGAGGUCCCAAUGGUGGUGAAACUGGCAUGCGACGUCACCCACAUCACAAAAGCCUUCAUUUUUCUAUUUCCAGGGCUGGUCAUCGUGAUACCCCUGUCAGUCAUCUUGACUUCCUACGGGCUCAUUUUCUUUUCCGUAUUGCAAAUGAAGUCAGCCAGUGGAGUGCGCAAGGCCUUGUCGACAUGCUCGUCCCAUUUAUUGGUGGUCGUCCUGUUCUAUGGCACAACCACACUUAACUAUAUUAUGCCCCAGUCAGGAAGGUCUCCUGAUGUAGACAAGCAAAUUGCAGUGCUGUAUGUUGUGGUGACCCCCCUGCUGAACCCCAUCAUUUACACUCUGCGGAACAAGGAUGUCCAUCAGGCGAUGACCAAGGUACUGCACAGAUCGGGCUUUGCCUUGAAAAGGUGA